AUGAAAAAUUCUCUUUCUGUAGCAGCAUGUGGAUCCAGUCAGUUUGGUCAAUCUACUCACACAAGUGAUAUAUCAAUUCCUCAUGAAUUUGUCGUCCCUUCUAUUGAUGAUAUUCGUGUUGGAGGCUGGCAUUCUUGUGUUUUAUGUUCAACAGAAAAUUGUGCCUUCUGGGGAUCAAACCUUGAUCAGCAGAUUCCAAAAGUUCAAUCAAAUCUACUACGUUCCCCGACUUCUUACCAAAUUCCACUUGAUUUUAAGGACGUUGCUUUAGGUUCAAAGCACACUGUCAUAUUGACAAAAUCUAACGUUUUACAGAGUUUUGGAUCAAAUGCACAACUUCAAUUGCCACCAAAUUCAACAUCAAAAAUAAAAUCCGUUUUCGCAAAGUUUGAUCAAACAGCAGCUAUAUCAGAUGACAAUAAAGUCCUUGUUUGGGGCAAUAACGCAAAACAAAUGAAAAUUACGCUUCCAAAUACAGAGAUUCCAGCUUUUGUAGAGCUUGCUCCAUUUGGAAUAUUUAUUUUAAGCGACAAAUUAGUCUGCUACCAUUACGUUGCAGGACAAGUCAAAUGUCAGUUUCCAAAUGUAAUAUCAGUUGCUGCAUCAAGAACUAAAGCAAUGAUACUUAAAAAUGACGGAAGAAUAUACCAAAUAGUACAAGAUAAACUCAUUCAGAUCGUUGGAAUACCAGAUAUACCUAUAAAAAUCUUUGCAGGAGGAGCUCAUUACGGUUGUGUAACAAUUUCUGGAAAAUGUUACACAUGGGGUUGUGGAACACGUGGCCAACUAGGUAAUGGACAGUUUUCCAACCAAGCAAAGCCAACAUUAGCAAUAUUUGACGAUAAAAAGUGCGUAAUUGAGGCUUUCGGAGGCGAAGAACACUCCGUUUUCCUUUUAUGUACAAAUGAUGUCUUUAUUCCUGCAAUUCAUCCUGCAAUGAAAGAACAACCUUUACCAUCUGCUGUUAUUGCUGAUUCUAUUAGAUAUAAUACUUACAAUCCACCUCAGUUUGAUAUCAAAUUCUAA